CUAAAAAUAAAAUAGAGGAGAAGAAGGGGUGGCUAUGGAUUAAGGAGGAAAUGAAGGGAACGGGAAAAGAGGGGGAUGCAGUGUAUAUAAAAGAGGGAGUUGUAACGAAAGAAAGUUGCAUUUCGUUGCCACCCAUACAAGUUGUGAUUUGUGAAGGCGUUUCCGCAAUCCUAUGGCGAAGAUAUCAUCAUUUGUUUUGGUAUUUUCAGUGGUGUUGGGUCUGGCAUUGCCUUCAGUGUUGGGCCAGGAUGAUUCGUGGAAGGAUCUGUUGGGCCAGGGAGGCUUCACUGCAGAUUCCAUUGGCGAGGCCCAGAAGGCUAUGGGUGCUGCUGCGGCCCAAGCAGCUGUAAAUAACUAUUUUGGAGGCUUUGGUGGAGGAGACGACGACGACUCUUCUGAUGCUGAUGAUUCCGACCAAGGAGAAGCUUCUUCCUUGGCUGACCUUUUAGACUCCGCCGACAACAUUAGCAGCGAUGCAGGGAUUUCGCCCUCAGGGUCAGUAGUAGACUCACCGGUUGGAUCACCAGAAGAUUUACCAUCAGAUUCAGAUGAAUUUGAUGACAGUGAUGCUUCGCCUGUGGGAGCCCCAGAAGGUUCAUUCUCACCAGCAGGGGCACCGCUAAGUUCAGCUGAGGAGGAGGAGGAGUCACCUAUGGAAGCACCAACAAGCUAUGCCCCAGUGGAAGCACCCAUAGAAGCACCAACAGAAUCACCCGAAUUGGCACCCACAUCAGAAACACCUGAAUCAAAUGCACCCGUGGAGGCACCCCAAGAGGCAGAGGAACAAGACGAAUGGGCACCAACAUAUGCACCAACAUAUGCACCUAUGGGAGAACCAGAUGAUGAAAACAAUGAAGACGAUACACAAACGCCACCAUCAAGUGCUCCCACUCAGCCACUUGACGAAGACCUAUUAGAUGACCUUGACGAAACGCAAUAGCAACAUUGAUUCACAUCACAUACACCAAUUACAUAUAUAUUAUUGGAGUUCCAGGGUGAUACAUACUUAUAUAUAUUGUCAUUGGUUGCGACACCUUAAAGGUGCCCCCUAACAAUUCAGACCAUCUCACUCACCCUACUGGGGCAAUUGUUGUAACAAAUGUGCCUAAUUCUUGUUCCCAUGCGUAUAUACGUGCCUACAUAUAAAUGAUAUAUAUACUUUCUUGUGCCCAGUUUCAUUAAUCA